UCCCCACCCCGGCCCGCCUCCGCGCCGCGCCGCGCCACGACGGGGCGGUCGGCGGCUCCGCGCCCGCCGCCGGCAUGGAGGCAGCGGGGCGGCGCGGCCGGGCCGAGGGGCGGCCGGCAUGGGGGGUGCUGCUGCCCCCUUUCCUCCUCCUCCUCCUCCUGGCAGCAGAAGAUUGUCUGGCUCAGUGUGAUAAUGACUGCAAAGCCUACUGCUGUGAUGGGACUACUCCCUACUGCUGUUCGUAUUAUGCCUACAUUGGGAAUGUCCUUUCAGGCACUGCAAUAGCUGGAAUUGUUUUCGGUAUAGUAUUUAUAAUGGGAGUGAUUGCCGGGAUUGCCAUCUGUAUCUGCAUGUGCAUGAAGAACAACCGUGGGACUCGAGUAGGGGUCAUCCGAACUACGCACAUCAACACUAUCAGUACAUACCCAGUGGCUCCACCACCAUACAGUUACGAAUACGAAAUGGAGUACCCAGCUGACCUACCUCCACCUUAUACUCCAACUCCACAGACUUCAAUACAGUAUCCCCCACCCCCUCCUUACCCUGGAUAUUCAGGGAAAUAAUUACAUGGCUUGACGUGGAUAUUAACAGCCUGUUGAAACAGCCAGCACCAUUGGGACAAAUACUGUCAGCUCAGGGACAUAGGAUGGGGUUUGCAUCAACACCAGGUGUUGGAAUAACCUGUGAGGAUUGCCAUGGCCAGGAUGAAGAAAAAUACUAUCCGCUCCAGACCAUCGUGUUUCAUGAUUAAACAACAUGUGACCAAAGAAACAGUUCCUGUAAGUUAAUGCCUGAUGAGCAGUACUUUGCAUCAGUGCUUGGCUUCAGCCGCAGCCCUCUACAGUGGGUGGGACCGGGGCUCUGCCCAUGUAAGAACAUGCAAGUGAUGCAAACGGUUCAACGAGCUGUUCCCAAAGCGCAAAAGGCAGCGCAUGGGGCUUAUUCUGGCAGAAAACUCCAACUGUUGUCUUCAGGUGUUGUGCCUUUCCUUGAAAUAAGGGGAAUAAGGAAGAACAAGGAAGACUGAAGCUAUUUUCAGUUUCUGCUUCAGGCUGAUAAUGCCCAAUGAUCAGCUGUGCAUAUUGGUCUGGAAAGCAUAUUACAAAGAGAAGUGCUGUUGGAGUUAUUUGAUAACCAAAAAAUGAUGGAUGCUAUUUUUAGCCAUGUGCAGGUUAAGUGCCAACUUUUAAACAGUUUGGGACUAGUUUGUGGCCUCAAAUGUAAACACAAAGAGCAUUUUUAUAUGUGAAAUACACUAAUUUAUAGCUGAUUUACUUUUACCUGGACUUAAAUACUGUAUACAUUGGGAAUAUGCUACAAUGCUUUUUAUAUCAGCAAAUGAUACUUUGAUUUUAAAAAAAAAACAAACAAACAACUGAAUCGGGAAAUUCAUAAGUGGGAGAAGAAAUACAACCCAAAUAUUAAAACAUCAUAGUUUGUCUUCAAUUGAAUCGCAUAAAGACUAUUUUUUUAAAAAACAAAUCAUAUUGUUUACCAAUAAUAAUGAUACUCAGCCUAACCAAAGCAAUGAGCAGAAAGACUGUGAGCAUCAGAUUACUUUUGAAUGUUGUCCUGGGCAUUUUAAAACUGUAAGUGAUCGGUAAUAUUUUUUGCAUUUGUCACCCAUAUUGUUCAAAAUUACUGAAUCUCUACUAUGUGAAAUACAGGCCUUCGUGAUUUAAAAUGUUCCUUAUACUUAUGGGGCUAACUGUAAUUCAGCAGCAGCUAUUUGAUUUCAGAAUAGAGCAUCCGGUUACCUAAAGCAUUGUUCUUCAAUGGUAAAGCCACUAUUUUUCUCAGUUUUAUAUGUGAAACACAAAGACAGUGGUUCCCUUUGGGGAUUUAAAAGUGACGAACGUCCUUAGUUUGAGUUGGGUAGCUGGGAAUUUGAGAACGCUACAGCCAAAAUUGCGGAAGGUGACAAAAAAUAUAGCACCUACAGUUUAGGACAGCUGUGGCAUCAGGUCCAUUUCAGAGGGAGAGACUGCAGGUUACCUCUGAUUCCCAGAGAUCAGAACAUAUUUAAAUGUUUUCCAGCGUAGCCCUCAUCUUAUUUUCAGGCAUACCAGCGUACUGAUGAAUAAAAAAACAGCUUGCAAAAGGUGGUACCAUAUCCCAAGUGAGGUCAGCUGACAACCUCUCGUCGACCCCUAGGCCUGAUAUUUUUGUCAUUCAAUCCUGAUUCAGGGAAGAGCUCAAGCAACCUUUUAACUUUGAGCACAAAAGUUAUUCAGAGGCUUUCUUGUAAACAAGACCUUAUUGACUGUUCUUGCUCAGAGUUAGUAGUUGUAUUUGUCCUUUCCAGGCUGACUAAGCUUAUCCUCUCGAAACCCCACUUGAAAGCGCAAGCGGCCUCAGUCCUUGACGCUGUAAGUUCAGAAGAUCUGUGUUGUGACCCUUGGCCAAACUGAGCCUUGAGUCACCAGCCCAUUAGCCACCUGGGCAUUUGCAAACCAGUCAGAGGAAAACUGAGCUGUGUCACAGGUUUUGGUUGCUGCUCGUUCCUUGGAGUCUUCUCAAGGGAAGGAAAGUUGUAUUCUCAUUUCUGUCCCGAACAUGUUAUCUUUACAGCUAUUCCUGCUCUGGGCUAUGCCCUGUGACAUUUCAGCUGGUACCAUGACCUCUCAAGAGGUGGAUAUUCCUCAAUUGAAAUCCUUCCAUGAAGGGCAACCUUCUGCAUGCGGUAUUUUGGCAGUCCCUACUCAAAACCAUCUGCUAGGGUAUUGAUGUGCCUGCCAACGUGGUGGCCAGCGUGAAGAACAGAAUAAGCAGUUUUCUCUGCGGGAAAUCUGUUCCUACCACAUCAUUCUACGCUAGUACCUCAGCACUUUCCAGGUGAUCACACCGGAUGAUAUUUCUGUGCCAAAAAGUUACCUAUAGAUAAAGAGUAUUGUCAUUUUUCCCAUUCUUCUAUUUCAUUUCUUUGUGCUGAACAUGCAGACAAACAAAUCAAAGAGCAGUUUGUAUUUGACGAAUCCAGUCUCCUGAAAAACACAGAGAAAGAAAACUAUCCUAUGGAUCGUAAAUCUUCCCUUAGAGGAAGAAUUUCUCCAGCCAUGAGAUUUGUCAGAACAAGUUAUAAAGCAGAUUUCUUAAAUAAAAAGGCAUUUCUGGAAAAUAACUAGAAGUCUUUGAUCACAGAGUCCUCUGUUCUUCAGCUUUGCAACUGCAUGUUGCCUCUGAUGAUACUGCACAAAGGUCACAGUGACCGAAGUACCUACAGUGUAUAUGUGGCUUAUUCCAGGGGAAAAUAUGGAAAUUGAGAAUUUAAUAGUGAUAAAGAGCUGUUUGUUUGCUGUGAAAACACUAGUGAGGGUGUUGAUUUUAAUAUGUUAAUUAACCUUCUGCACAUCUGCGUAUGUUGGGUCAUACCAGACAAUGAUUUUUAUCUCAAAGGACAUCACAUCUCUUGUCCUUGCUGAGGACAUAAAACAUAAAGGUGUUGCCCUUCCAGCAAACCAGGUAGAACUUGUACAGAGAAGCAAGCCAACUGAGACAGCCAAAGAGGAGGAGGGAGUCUGAAAGAUUUAUAAAAGUAAAGGAAUCGAACAAAGUUGUUGCUGCAUAAACGAGUGGGACCAUUCGCUAAUGCUAAAGUUGUAUUAGUUUAUAUAGUUGAAAAAGUUGAAGUGUUAUUAUACCUUAAGUGUUAUUUUCUUUGUGUGGAAACAUGUAAUUUGUUCAAUACCUCCCUCCAUAUUCAAAGUUCCUGCAGUGCAGAUACUGCUGGCCAGUAGUCAUUUAUUCUGUUUCGCAUGAAUUCCUUGCAGAUGAGUGGGUUAGUACAAAGAGUUUUUACUUAGUCACACCGACUUAUUUCAGUCUCAUGCCCUACAUCAUAUUGGAAAAUGAGAAAAAAAUACCAGAAUGUGAUCUAUGGCUGAGAAAGGCCAAGUGAUCUUUUGCUUUUUUUGCUUGGCGGUGGACAAUAUCGCUAAUUUGGGUGGUGAAUGUAGGGUUGCCCAGGGCAGUUCAUAUACUUGGACCAAAUGUUACUGAUUUUCUUGUGGUCUUGGGUUGCUAUCGAUUUUCUUGUGAUCUCGGGUGGUUCUGCUUUUGGCUCACAAUUUCGAGGCUUAGCUGGGGAGGCAGAGCGGGAAGGUCACUGUGUCAGGAGUACAAGACCUGGUGCCGUCAGCCUUUCUCCGUGGUUUCCUAGUUUAGCACAUUAGAUGACUGCCUGGUUGCACGGGCGCUGUUAGGGGUUGGAAGCAGCAGGAGUUGCAGGUGCUUACAAGGGCACAUAUGCUUGCAUACACGCUGGUGCCAGUCCUCCUUUGUGGAAAAAAAUACAUUCUGUGUGAUGUCUUAGUUAAUCAUGUAUCGGGGAUAUUUCAAGCCAUGAUUCAUUUCACAGACUUAAUUUAAUCUGGCAUUUCUUUAACUUUUUUUUUUUUUUUUCCCCAGGAAGAGCUACUUCCAAACCAGUUAGCUCUCUGACAGCCUACUGUUUCUAGGGUACAUACCAAACAGCAGGAGAAAUGUAUUUAAGGGCUAAUGACCCAUUUGGGAGACUUUACAAAUUAGGUAAUAAUCAGUUGGAGGAGUUAAAAGGCCAAGGCAAAGCCAAGGGAAGUUAAUGUGCUAGGCUGCCAUUACCUAAAUGACACACUCCGAUGAAAGAAUCAUUAAUGCUAUUAUAAGCCUUUUUUAAUUAAUGAAAAAUGUAACGAUUUGCUUUUUUAAUGUUGGUAACUUUGAAAGAUGCAGUUUUACCAGUGUACUAGACCAGAUUUUCAAUAGUGCCACGAUGAAAAGAUUAGAUUGCUCCACAGAGCACCUGGAUCGAUAUUAACACUACUCUUGGUAUAGUAGAAAUAGAGUCUUUCAAUUUAAAGGGAAUGUUCUUGAGACCCUUUGUGAAACCACAAUGAUAUUUUUUGGGUGUAAUGGGAUAGUUCAUAAAGCGCUGAUGACUGUCUAUUAGAAUAGUACAUGUUUGGCAUUUUUGUAUUCACUUUCAUGCUGGAAGCUCUCCAAAUACUUUAGUAACUAGAAAAAUAAUUAUUUUAGUCACCUUGGAAUAAAACACAACAGGUAUUUAACAGCACACAGUAAUAGUAUGUAACACCCCGAGGCAGAAAUUGCACAAAAGAUUUAAGAGAAAUUGAAUGUAUUUCUUCAGUUUCACUGAAAUGUCAGUGCUUGGACAAAACACCUUGAGAAAAUAAUGACCAAGACCUUACAUCAAGUGGUCCCCAUUAUUAUUGUCCAGUGGCUACCCCCAGUCUACGGGUGGGUUUUAUGUUGCAGCAACGUUUGAGGUCAGAAGAGCAGAUCCCUGGUCCAAGCCUGGAUUCCAGUGCACCUAUUGUAAAAACACCCUUCCCACCCCGUCAUGAUUUUGGUGUGCAGCCAAAAGAGAUGAACACACAGAGGACUGAAGAAGGGAGGGGUGAUGGUACCUCACUUCACAAAAGGGAAGGAGACGGUGAGAAACAAGAUGGUGAAGGCUUUUUGAUUGUGUAUGAGCUACAGAGGACGGCUCGCUGGUGCUGCUGCCAGUGCCUGUCGCUGUAGGAAGAGGGAAAGCAAAGAGCACAGAGUGCGCUGAGGAGCGGCCAUGCCAUCAGGAGAACAGCCCAGAGAAGGAUCCAGGGAGCUCUGGCUCAGAGACUUUGUAACUCAAGGUGCUGGAAGCAAUAACUGGAGCAGAAAUGUUUAUCUGUCUGGUUUGCUGUGAAGAUUAAAUGGUCAAUAUUUACACAGCACUGGAAAUGGAAAUGGAAAAUGUGAAUUAUUUUUGUUAUGCUAUGCACUAUUAGUAUUUUGCGACCUUGGAGGAGACUAGGAAAGGGCAGCCUUGGGAUGCCAUUGCCAUCACAGUGAUGACUAAGAAUGGACUAAAGCCAACAGAAACAAAAGGAAAGCCAAAGACUUAGAUGUUUCUGAAGAAGGUGGGUUUUUUUUUUUGUCAGCCUGGCAUAUGGAGCCGGUUCCUUCAUGGAGGCGAGCUGGCCUGCUGCCAGCGAAGGCAGCUGAUUUGAAAGAGCCAAAGGCUGCAGGAGGGAGGCUGAAGUGGGAGCUGUGUAAUGCUGGUUUUCCCCAGGCCUGAGUCUUCACCUGAGCCCUCUGCUCACGCACAAGAAACCUGCUGGGGGGAGGGGGGGCGCUUCAAGGCAGUUUUCCCUUCUUGCAUUAAUGCCAAGCUGGCCAUUCGUAGCCCAUGACACAACGCAUCUUAGCCCUUCGCAACACAUCUAUGCUACGUUCAUUUUCAGGAACACAGGCAAAACCAUUUUAUUCAUGGCCAGUAAACCACCCCCAGCUUUCUCUCAUUAGAUCCCUCAUUGUAUUGAUGGGAAGUCCUCCUUUAAAGGAACUAAUCUGAACGCUGGUACAACCUUCGCCAGUUUAUCCAAAUUGCCUUGUCUUUUUUAUAUUAACAGCAUAUUUACCGGUGACUCAUCUCAAUUGCCCUUAUUUUACAUGCACCCUCAAGAUCCCUCAGGGCUGUGUCCUUCUUUUACUGCUGCUUUGCCAAAGAGCUUUUCCGAAGAGCGCUGAUCACAAGGAAACACUUUCCAAGCCCUUGCCUCCCUGCACCACCACAGUGAGGAGCGUCCCGGGAGGGGCCUGGCUCUGAAAGAGUCAGCCCUACUCUAGUUUUAAACGUUGCCUCCUCUUCAGGGGAGGAAGGGCAGCUCUCCGGCAGCCAUCCUGAGAUCACCCUCAGCCCAAGCUUUGCUUAUGAUGAAACUCUUGUGUAUGUGGUCAGUAAGUUUAACAAGAAGAAAGGGAAAUGGACAAAGAAGUCAUGGCCACAUCUGCUUUCUGGUUUAGCUCAGGUCUAAGGAAUGUCUUUUUCCCUGUGUAUUGUCAGCUAUCAGGUUGAUAGUAUGUCUCCUCUUCUCUGAAUGUUUCUGUUUUCCUUCACUGGAGAGCAUCUUUAAUGGAUGGGGAGGGUGCUCUCUGGCCAUCUGCGCAACUGCAAAGCCAAGACGUUCCCUGGGGCUGCCUUGUGAUUUCAGUACCUGUAGCCCCCUGCUUCGUGUCUGGACCUUUGUGAACAGUCACUCAACUGGGAAAUUGUUUUUACCCUUUUUGUUGAAGUGUAAUACACUUCCUGGCUUAAUUUUUAGAUGUCUAAUGUUCUUUGGUCUUACACAGGUGGUAACUUGUUGGUGAUUAGUCUGUGCUUAAUUAAACAAAAUGUUCAUCUGUGGCUGGGAAUCCAGUGGACCUACGUAGUGGGACUCAAACACUUUCAUUAUACCCUGAAGCUUGAAUAAUAACUCGACAACUACAGAUUAUGUAGAUUGUA